AUGUACAAGGGCAGGAGAAGUGACACCGAAGGCUACUCGGAUGACCCAGCUAUGUGGCACGGAUUCUGCAUCCAACUUCUUGAGAUGAUAGCUAAAGACCUCAAGUUCACCUUCACCAUUCAACACGUUGCUGACAACCAGUAUGGAAUAUCGCAUGAGGUAGAUGGCAUAACCAAAUGGAACGGUAUGAUCGGGGAACUGCUUGAGAAGGUGAUAUUUCUUUAA